AUGCAGACCCGUGUCGGGGUCCUGUCCUGCGCAAUGCUGCUGCUGCUCAUCCAGCUGUGCUCGCCGCUGGACGCCAGGCGCGUGCGUGGAGGCCGUGCGCAGCCUCGGCGCGCGCACCCGCAGCACGAGCAGGAGCACCGGGAGCGCGCGGAGGGACCGGAGAGCUUCCCGUUAGACUUCACGGCCGUGGAGAGCAACACGGACAGCUUCGUGGCGCAGAUCAAAGACCUGGCGCAGUCCCUGUAUCCGUGCUCCGCGCGCGGGCUGCACGCGGACAUGAGGCUGACCCUCCUCAAGAACGUGUCCGUGACCUGCAACGACGGGUCACCGGCGGGGUACUACAUCCGGGAGUCCAGAGGCAGCAGGAGGUGGCUGCUGUUCCUGGAAGGUGAGCGCGAGGCGCGAGCGCGUGAACGGCGCGCGCCAGAGCCUCUUAACGAGCGUGGAUGGUACUGCUUCGACAAGCAGACCUGCGACAGCAGAUACGAGACGAUGAGGAGCCUCAUGAGCUCCAGCGGGUGGCCCCAGACCCGGAAAGGAACGGGAAUUCUGUCUCCCCAGCCGGAGGAAAAUCCUCACUGGUGGAACGCCAACAUGGUCGCGGGCGGCGCCGGCGUGCUGCUGAACGUGGACCGGGUGGCGGCUCAUCUGGAGGGGCGCGGCCUGGGGGGGGUGAGGCUGGCCGUGGAUAACGUGCAUCUGACCGGGCCGCUCCGGGGCCAGUGGAGCUACAUCCAGGAGCUGGGCGAGAACCUGAGGGCCACGCUGAGGGACGCUCCGGCGGUGUUUGCUCCGGCGUGUCUCUCCCACGAACUCCUCACCAGACCGUACUGGCUGGAGGUCCAGGUGAGGGGCACCUCUCUGCCCCGGGCCCUCCACUGCUGGGACCGGAGCCUCCAGGGGGUCCCGGGGAGCCUCGCCCCCCCCGGGGGCUGCCCCGCCCGCCUGGUGGACGCCUGCCCCUGGCCCCACUGCAACCCGUCCUGCCCCCCCGCCCGGGACCGGAUCACCGGGCGGGAGAUGGGCCCGGUCCAGUUCCUGAAACACACGGGGUUCGACGUGCAGAAGGUGGCCCGGCAGCAGGGGAUGGACCCCAGGAGGCUUCUGGGCAUGCUCAGUAACGGCGGCUGA